AUUAUCUAAAGUUAUGGUUGUAACUGUCAAGUCCGGAAUCCAGUUUCUAAGCUUUAAAUUGGCUGGCCAAAUGCCCAAGUCGUCGAAGCUUACUAUUUACUCUAAGUUGCAAGCUUAAGUCUCAAGCUCCAUGCAUGAAGUGUGUUCGAUAAGCUAUUUUUUCGCGCCUUUAGUUUUGAGAACAAAGUCAGUCUUAGAAGAAUUCAAGCAAUUGAAAUCAGUCUUAAAUUAAAACUCAGUUCAAUCAAUACGUUCAUGAGUUGAAUUUAUCUAGAAGUAUUAUCUUUAUGAGCAUGACGUCAUAUCGAUUAUCACAAAGAAAGUGCUAAAAAUAUUUCCAACAUUUUGUUUCAUUAAUUUAACACCAAACUGAAAGUUUAGUAAUCCGGGAUAACGCAAUAUUUCGUUAUAAAAGGCGUUGAAUCGAAGUUACCAAAUUACAGUUACACAGUGAAAUCAGCAGAUAAAUUUGUAUUUAUUUUACUGAGCAGAAAUAUAUGUGGCGUUCAUAAAUUUGACUUUGGUGUUGUAAAUUUUACUUACUUACAUGGACGAAAAUAUAUAUUUAUAACAAAAAAAUAUGCUUCAAUUCUACAUGGAGUGAUUAUCCAAUAUCGUCCAGGAAAGCUUAAGUUACCUGUUUAAACUAUUUUACUAAUUUUUAUAAUUAUUUAAUAAGUGCAACUAUUUUGCUUUUCUAGUUGUAGUGAUAUUAGCCAUGUAAGCUUACAUAUUUCAAUUAUUUACAUAUAUUAUUUGAAAUCAUUUUUAUUUAACUCAUAUAUAUUUUUUUGUUAUAUUUUCUUUAUCAUAUGCCAUAUGCAAAGAAUUUAAUCUUUGAAAUUAUAUAAAAAAUAUAUUAACAUUAUUUUAACAUUUGAAAUUUUAAUUACAUCAUUUUUAUACUGCAUGGACCCAAUGACAAUUUUUUUAAUAAUAUUUUAUAUGUUGUCCAUGAUCAUAUUUGGUCCAAUAAUCUUUUUAAUAUGCAUUUAUUUACCGGAAAUUCCAGUUAGGUACAUAAAAAGUAGAAGAUAAAACUUUAAAUAUUUUUUUAGUUCUACAAUAUAUA